UGGAGUCAGGGAGAGAGUGGAGGGGUCAGACAGGAUGACAUCACUCAACAGGGUCACAGUGAAGGGGGAGAGAGCAAGGUGAGAGAAGUUCAGAUUGAGAGCCAAGGGACUGAAGCUACAGAGACGACUCACAAACUGACGACUGGUCAGACCACCACCACCCCUGACAUCUGGACUGAGCUGAAGGAGCUGAGAGACAUGGUGCACAACAUGGGAGCCAUCGUGAUGGAACAGAGAGUGGAGCUGAGCGUCACCACAACUGAACUGCAGCUCCAGAGGAACAAGGUGGAGGAGCUGGAGAAAGAGAAUGCAGGUAAUUAAUUGAUUUAGAAAACUGUUGCUUUUUUAUUGGUGCAGAGGAAGACCACCAGUUAUUUUUGUCUCCAUAAUUCUAGCUCAAGCAGCUGAACUGUCAUCCAUGGGGGCGAGAGUGACAGCCAGUAAGAAGGAGGUGGAGGAGCUGAAAAGAGAAUAUGUAGGUAGAACACACAUGAACUCAACACCUUGUUUAAUGAGCACUACACACAUUGCACAGUACUCUUUUAAUGACUCUUUCAAGUUUAGCAAAGUAACGGUCCAGAAAACAUGGAUCGCUGCCCUGUCAGUCCUGCUUCAUACUCUAAUUUAAAAGUACAGAAGCAUUCAUUACUAGAGAUACAUUACUUUAAUGUUGUCUUCUGGAAUAGUCAGUGUAUGAACAGUCAAUAUAUUAUCUACUUCUUUGAAAUAAAUAUCAGGCUGGAAUGUUCAUCUUUCAAAAUUACUAAUGCUACAAUCAUCAUGCAGUGUAUUCGAUCUCCUGUGCUCACAGACAGACCAAAUGUGGCCUUCUAUACUGCUUUGAUGAAUGGAGGAUAUGUGGGUCCCUUUAAUACUGAAACUACCCUGGUCUAUAACACCGACAUCAGCACAGCCUACAAUCCAGCUACAGGUAUUACAUUUGUUGAAGUUGCAAUAAUUGUAGUUAAAACAUCUGGUACAUGUAUGACAAACACUUUGUGUUCACAGAAACUGUGCAAAUAGUACAAUUAAUAUUAUUGUUGCAGAGUUGACUAGAAACAGACAGUGCUGAUUGAUCUCUUCUCCUCUGAUGCAGGUAUCUUCACAGCACCAGUGAGAGGAGUCUACUACUUCAGGUUCACUGCCUUAAGUAACGUCAAAUCAACAACCGUGUGUGUAUUUGUGUACGAAUUAUGCAAGGUCUUGAAAACCUGAGUAGGGGUCAUAAUUAUAUAUCUAAUACAUUGAUUCUAGAGCUGGAGGUAGGGGGUGUGGUCUACAUGCAUCUCACCGAAGGGUGUCAGCUCUUUGUUGAGGCAUAUGACCAAAACACCUUCAGUGGCUUCCUGCUCUUCCCCAUGUGAGGGGAGCACCAUGCUAAAAUGAACUCAAUUUGCUGAUGUGAACAGUUCUGGGGUUAAAGCCCCCAAUGUUCCUCUCUAACCAAUAAAUAGGUAUUAUAAAAGCCAGACGACUCUCUUUUGUAUCAUUAGUAUUUUACCAUCAACAAUAUUCUACAGUCAAAUAACCGGAUAAGGGUAAUGCAGUGGGUAGAACUGUUGUCACUAGACAUCAUCGUUGGUGUUUGUUUCUUUAUGAUGUGUGAAUGACCUUCGUCAUUAUAUUACGCACUGUCAAGUGUUGAGUUACAAAUUGAUCACCCGGGGCAAGCCAGGAGAGCCCUCAUAAUAGUGGGCUGGUCCUACAUUAAUAUAUCAAAGGUAUGGGCGAGCCAACGUUCAUAUUUCUAAUGAUAAUGGGGGUGAUAUAGCUCACCAUUCUGCUGCAUUCUGAUUAAGGUUGAGCUAACAGCACAUUUCUAGGUCUUAUCAAACCAGUUGUAACCAGGGGUCAUGUAGCUCUACUGGUGUUGAAGAGUUCAGCCAAAGGACUGAAGCUAAACAGAUGACCCUUAAAAUCUGGACUGAGCUGAAGGAGCUGAGAGACAUGGUGGUGGAACAGAGAGUGGAGCUGGCUGUCACCAAGACUGAACUGCAAUGCCAUAAAGAC